AUGGCGGACGCAAAGAAGGGAGGAAAGAAGUUCAACCGCGAGUCUGGAGAUGACCCACGUCGGCCGGCCCUGGACAAGCGAUUCUUCAUCGCACCCAUGGAAGAGGAUGCGCUGGGCGGCUACUCGCAAGCGGCCACAACGGCUGGCCUUUUCCUUGGCCUUAUGGGUCUUCUGCUGAAGCUCCUCUCAUCAUCGUCAUCCUUCUGUGUGCAACCAUUGACCGUCGCUGUGGUCUACAAGAUGCGCAUCCUGGCCUGGGGCUCUCUGCUGGCGGUUGUCGCCGGCCUGGCCAACAUCCCUCGCGCCGAACUCGACAUCAAACAGAUUCUGUCCUCCGUCAUGAUUGCCGUGAUGGGUCUGGUCAUGGCCUACCUGUCGCCCCAACAGCCCAAGGCCAGCCAGUGA